AUGAACAAUAGUUACAAUAGCGAAAAUGAACACGAGCAAGAUAAAUUUAGAAGUUUAAGUUCGCCUAUACGACAUAGUGAUUAUUCUGAUAAUGUAGAAAUAAUAAACGAGAGACAAAAAGAAAGACAUAACGCGCUUUACCAUCCACUUUCGUCACCUAUCAAGCGACAAUCUACACAUCAUGGCACUAGCCGUAGUAACGUAAUAAAUAGAAGAAAUAAGCAUGACAAACUCAAAGAGAUCCGAGAGAGACAUAUCCAAGAAAAGUUGGUUAGCAACAGGGAAAGGGUAGCCAAUAAACAGGCGACUAUUGAUUAUCUGCGAAAUCUAGAAGAGCAAGGGAACGAUCUAUUUGACGAAAAUGAAUUAAUUGAGAUGGAGGAGAGAGAAAGACAGGAAAAAAUUGAAGAAGAGAAGAAGCUCCAAUUAGAGUUAGAGGAAUUCUUAAGAGCUGAGCAGGAAGAAUUGGAGGGGUUGGUAGCAAGCUUAGAACUUUAG